GUUUUGACAUUAAAUACCUUGUCGGCACACAAGACAGGCACAGUUUUUCUAUUGCCUGAAGUGCCAGAGCAUCAGUUGGUUUCGAGGCUGUCAUUUAGAGAUCUUGAGGAAUCAACACAGUACAUGCAUAAUGGCUGUCACAUGUUGGAUGUGCUUGCUGCUGUUCUGUCUGUGUUGCCAUUAUGAGAUUCAGCCUGCUGAAUGCAAACCUACGUGGAUGUCGCGGCAGUUCCCUUGUGAUGUUACAGCCCAAAACAGCUCCAAGGUCAUAUUUGACUGCAAAGGACGUCAUCUGCAUAGAGUUCCUGACGGGAUAACGAGUAACGCAACUGAUCUCAAUUUGUCUGAAAACUUUAUUGAGAACAUUACCGCUGAUGCAUUUUCCAACCUUCUGAAUCUGACUCAGCUCAACCUCAACUGGGCCAACAAGAACAAAGAACUGAUCUUUGCUGCAAAUGCUUUCAAAAAUCUAACAAAACUGCAUCAGCUGAGACUCUCUGGCAUUUGUCUGAAAGCCAUCCCAAGCAAUAUCCCUUCCACUGUUGAAAUCCUCGAGCUAAACAUCAACAAAAUCAAGAUGGAUAACAUGAGCCUCACUGGCCUAAGAAACGUGACGAAACUGUGGUUGUCCAGAAACUGCUACAUGUGGAACCCUUGUGGUAGAUCUGUCACUAUAAAUGAUACCAGUUUUCUAGUCAUGACAAAACUGCAGACUCUGGACUUGUCUUUUAACAACUUAACCCAAGUUCCCAAAGGAUUACCACCAUCACUAACUGAAUUAUACCUGGGUUCUAACAAAAUAGAGUACAUAGCUGCGGAUCAUUUUUGUGAGUUACAUAAUUUAACAAUGCUAGGACUGCAAGGGAACUGUCCAAGAUGUCAAAAUGCUCCAUUUCCCUGUGUACCUUGUCAAAAUGGUUCUCUCAGCAUUCAUCCAGCUGCAUUUCAAAAUCUAACGCGGCUUAAGAUGUUAAACCUGGGAGGGAAUUCGCUGCAGCACCUGAAUCCCUCUUUGUUUGAGAGGCUGAGCAACCUUAAAUCACUGUUCCUGUCAUUUAACUUCUUACUAAAAACAAUUACUGACGAGGCCACAUUUCUAAGAUACCUACCCAGGCUAGAAAAAAUCGAUCUGUCUUUCAACUUUGCUCUCAAGUUCUAUCCUAACACAGUAAACCUUUCAAAAGAGUUUUCAAAUCUUAAGUCACUAAGAACAUUGCAUUUGGAGGGUUUGGUCUUCCAGAACAUUAAACCAGGCACCCUCAAACCUCUGUAUGAGCUCAAAAAUCUAUCCGCGUUAAACUUAGGCACAAACUUCAUUAUUCACUCUGAUUCAACCAUAUUCAGGAAAUUCCACCACUUGAAAAUGAUAUAUCUUGCAGAAAACAGGCUGUAUCCCACUCCAGAUCCCCAACACCCAAGUAACGGAUACAAUCAGAGGCUGGAUCUUUCUGUUUCACCGAUCAGAAAAGCCCAUCCAAAGGACUCUAAUUAUGAGCUAUCCCACCGCCUUAUAAAGCAAGAGUGCUUCAAUGCUGGACGAGUAUUAAUCCUCAGCUCAAACAAUCUGUUCUUCAUAUCUCCAAAGCAGUUCGACAGCUAUGGAGAUAUUGCAUGUCUCAACCUGUCAGGAAAUGGAUUUUCAGCAGCACCCAAUGGCACAGAGUUCUCCCAGCUGCCUAAUCUUACCUACCUGGACCUGUCCUUCAAUAAGAUUGAUCUGGCCUACGACGACGCCUUCAAUGAACUACAGAAACUACAAGUGCUAGACAUCAGUUACAAUGCACACUACUUUCAAGCAUUCGGAAUUACACAUAAUUUACAUUUUACAAAAAAUCUGCCUGUCCUAAGAGUUCUGAAUAUGAGUCAUAAUGCCAUUUCUACCUUAACAACAAAACAGAUGUACAGCCAAUCAUUAGCAGAACUUCAGUUUACACACAAUCAUCUGGGGACUCUUUGGAAAGAAAAGGAUGGUUCAUAUAAGACACUUUUCACUAAUCUAACUAAUCUGACACUUUUAGAUAUAUCUCACAACAACAUUGCAAAGAUUCCAAUCAAUGUUUAUGAAUGUUUACCAGAUAAGCUCAUCACAUUACACAUUAGCCAUAACAGCCUGACUGAGUUUGCAUGGGACAAACUGAAGCAUUUCUAUCAACUUCAAAUUUUAGAUCUGAGCUUCAAUUCUUUGUCUAAUGUCACAGGCAUCGACUCAAGCAUCACCAACACUUUGACGCUCCUUGACUUGAGCCAUAAUCAUAUUUUCCACUUAGACAAUGGAUUUAUAAAGGGUCCCAAAAGCCUUACGACUCUUAGCCUUAGCUACAACAAACUCACUACUAUUAAUCAAUCUACCUUCCUAUCAGGACGUGAAAAUCCGAUAAAGACUUUGUUCUUGCAGAAAAAUCCAUUCCAAUGUAAAUGUGAUUCAUUAGAUUUCAUUUUAUGGAUUGAAGACAGCAAUAUAAAGAUCCCUAGACUGACCACUGAGGUGACAUGCGACACACCAGCAAACCAGAAGAGUCAAAUACUCAUAGACUUUGACAUUAAUCAGUGUGUAAAUGACAGUCUAGCAUGUCAGAUCUACAUCGUCACGACUUUCUUCAUUAUUGUUUUUAUGUUUGUGGCAACAACCGCUCACUUGUUUUACUGGGAUGCUUCCUAUGUCCUACACUAUCUGAAAGCUAAGCUGAAGGGAUACAGAUCCUUUUACUCAUCAGACAGUGUUUAUGAUGUUUUUGUGACAUAUGACACCAGAGAUCCACAUGUCUCUGAGUGGGUGAUGGGGAAUCUGCGGGUGAAACUGGAAGAGGAAGGAGAGAAGCAUCUUCCUCUUUGUUUAGAGGACAGGGAUUGGCCCCCAGGAGUCCCGCUGGUGGAAAACCUCACUCAGAGCAUCCAAUAUAGUCGCAAGACCCUGUUUGUUUUGACAGAGAGCUACGUUAAGACCGGGGCUUUUAAGCUGGCCAUGUAUCUGGCCCACCAAAGACUGCUGGAUGAAAAUGUGGAUGUGAUUGUACUGCUGAUGCUGGAGCCUGUUCUGCAGCAUUCUCACUUCCUGCGCCUGAGGAAGAGACUGUGUGAGAAAAGUGUUGUAGAGUGGCCGAGAACAGCAGCCGCAGAGCCCUGGUUCUGGCAAAACCUGAGGAAUGUCGUACGAGUAGAUAAUCAGGUCAUGUACAACAAGAGUUACUCAAAGUACUUCACCAGCAGGUGAAAGAUGAGUGAUGACAGUGUGGGAGGGAUUUAUGAUGUGGUGUGCUUGUUUUUGAAAAUUGUUCUUACUCUGCCUUGGAUUUACAUGCAAAACAACUAAAGACAUGAUUUUGUCAUUUGCUUGCACAGAAUGAUACUGAAUUUCUAGUGAUUUGUGUGCAAAUAUUACAA